GGCAGGGGCAGGAGCGGGAGCUGGGUGGGAGCGAUGCCUCCGUCAUCGCUGUGUCCAAUGGGGGACCCUGGGGAGACUGGACCUGGCCGGAGAUGUGCCCCAAGGGCUCCUAUGCCAGUGGUGUCAGCUUCAAGGUAGAGGCACCCCAGGGGGUGAUGGAGGACGACACGGCACUCAACGGGAUUCGGCUGCACUGCACGCGUGGCGGGGACCCCAGUG